AUCAGUUGCAACACAGCCUCAGCCGCGACAGUUGGCUCUCGACUCUCGGAUGAUCCGGACCCGGAUCGGAAACGAAAUCGGAAGCGGCAGUAGUAGCCAAAAAACAAAAAAAAAAACAAAAAUCCAAAAAAAGCAUAGAACUGCAAUCUAUAAACGGACUUAGACUGAGAGAUCCUUUCGGUGCAAGGACAGAGAAUAAGAAGAAGUGGCAACAGCAGCAGUAGCAGUAGCACCAGCAGCGAAGAGCACUGAAAGAAAAAUAGCUCAAGAAUAAGCAAUAUAUAUAGACAGAUAUAUAUAUAUAUAAAUUUUUGUUGCAAUUUUGAAGCUCCCACAAUUGUUGUCGCCGCCGCCAAGUUCAAAAUCAACGCCUGACAAUGACAAAAGCAGCUAAGUGGCGCCCCAAAAACCCAACAAAAAUAACAACAACAGCGGCAACAGCAACAACAACAAAAGCAACAAUCUUACAAACACCAAUCAAAAUAAUAACAACAACAACAAGGCCUGAUAUUGCAACACAAGACACAACAAUAACAACAACAACAACAAAAAUAGCAAAAAAUACAUUAAGAACUGAUGUUGCAACAACAAUCAAUGGAAACGACACGACAUGGCGACGUCAACUAUUCAGUACACUUCUGGCCCACUUGCAGUGCCUUUCGAAAAUGGGCGCCACAAAUGGGCGUCUAAAGCCGGGGGCGUGGCUGCCAACGAUGACGUCCGAUGUCGGCCGGCUACUGUUGGUUCUCUGCCUUCUGGGCUGCCUCUGGCCCUAUUCAGCUGCUCUGGAGGAGGAUUGCGUUGACUUUCAGGGCAACAAGGUGAACCAUGGAAUGCUCUAUGUUCCAGGUCCCGGAGUCUGUAGCCUCUGUGUUUGUUACCAUUCCGAGCCACUUUGGUGCAAGGCCAUCUACUGUGAUCCGCCCUAUUUUUGCAAAAACUUUCGUGUUGGAGAGCGUUGCUGCGAGUUCGAGUGCCUGGAUCCGCCCGGCGAAGAUAAAUUGUAUCAGGAACGAAUGAGGAAGAGAGCGGAAAUAUUGGCCGGGAACAGUACAGCCUCGAAUGUGCGACUCGCGACACCGCUGGCCGUUUCCACCAUAAUGUUCGGAUUUCUGGGCAAUAGCUUUUUGAAUUUAUAACUCCAAGUAAAACAAUAGCCAGAGUUGGAAAUACCAAUAACCUCAAUUUUUGUUGUUGCUCCUAAAGCAAGUAGAAACUCUCUAAGAAAAAUCUAGAAAAAAAUUAUUACAGUGUAAUAAACUAAAAGCAGUUAGUUUAUUGUUUAAUUUUUUUUUUUUUCAUUAGGAAAGAUAAACAAAAAGGCAUAGGUUUUCACUUAUAUCCCCUCAGACUUAUAUAGGAACAAUAAUAAUAAUUUCAAAAUGCGAAAUGAUAAUGUUUAAAUUAAAAUAUAUAAUAUAUAUUAACACAAAAAAUGCCCCAAAGCAAUUUCAAAAAAACAUUUUCGAAUACUUUCAAUGUGAUCCGAAUCCGAAACCGAAUCGAUAGAGCCAGCAGAAAAUAUAUAAUUAAAUAAUAUAUAGAAAUAAAAUUAAGCAACACCAAGAAACCAGAAGAAACUCAUCAAGCAAACGUAUAAGACAGUCUCUAGCUUCUAAGACUCUAUGAAAAGUAAAAUAUUAAAGAAAAAUGAAAAAAUAUAUAUAUAUUUAAGGAUAUAAAAAUCCGUGUAAGCAAAUAUUGUACAUAAGAGUAUAUAGCUCUGUGUAUUGGAUCAAAAAACUUGUUGAUUAGUGUUUAGCUAACUAAAUGAAGGAAACUUCUAAUAGAAACUUAAGUGUAUGUUUUUUUUUUUUGAAAAUUAAGUUAAAAAAAUUGAAUUUUAAUUUAAAAUCACGUCACUGCAUCACAUUUUUUCGCAUAUCACAUUAGAAGAGAAUAUUAAAGGAUAGAAAUCGCGAUUUUUGGAAACUGUAGUAAAUAACACAUAUCUUGGCAACAUUUUUUCCAAAUAUUCUAAAAACAUUAUCUCCUGCAUUGGUGCUAAUUUUAUCGUAGACUAUAAAAAAAAAAGAAAUAAAAACAUAAAGUAAAAAAUUUAAAAGACACACACAAGACACAUCAAAACUCACUUUCACAUCACAGAAUUCAAUCAUAUUGAAUCAAAUUCUAUAUAUCAAGUAGGUAAUAUAAUCAAGAUUAAACAACAACUUAAAACUAGUUAAUUAAACAGUUAUGUUUUGUUGAAAAAAUAAAAAUAAAUUGUGCCCAAGGUAACCCAAAAAGAUAUUAUUUUUUGUCGCUGGAUAAGUUUUUAAUUUAUCACACAUUUCUCUGAAUAAAUCGAUUGCAUAAUCAGCAAAAAAGAAAGCGAAAGCUUAAAUAGAUAUAUACGAUAUAUGAAAUAUAUGUUUAGGAAUAGAUCUCGUUUCAAAUUUAGGCUAAAAGACUCUGAAGCCAUCUCCGUCUCUUUCUAUAUAGAAGCCCUUUAAAAAAAAAAGUAGAAAUUAAUUUUAGAGAUAUAGCAGGACCAGCAAACCAAACUCUAAAACUCAAGUCAAAUCGAAGCGAUUGUAAUCGAUAAGAUAUCGAUACAUUUUUCUCCAAAUCACUAACAAAACUGAAGAAAAACCAAAAAUCAUAUAUAAAAUGCGGGAAUAUAUAAUCCGAGAGGAAAAAGAGGAGUACGGCUGUGAAAUUUUGUUUGCUUUAAAAAAAAUACAAAAAAAAAAACAAUGUAAAUAAUAAUCGAUUGCAACAAACAGAAAAAAAAUGAUUACAAAUAAAUCGAUAUACAUAUAUGGAUGGUAAAAAAAAAAGAGACUAUUAAAAAUCAAGUAGAGAAAUCGAAUGGGGAAUGAAAAUAACUAAUUAACUGAAUGUACAAUUCAAUUUGCCACAACAUCUGACCAAUUAUGCAAGCGUAUAUACACCCGCACACAUACAAGUAUAUACAUAUACAAAACUGAUCCAUAACAGAUAUAAAGAAUAUAUAUAUACAUCAAUCCAAGUAUCUGAUAAGAAAAACGACAAAUUUUAAUUAAAAAACUAACAAAACAACAAAGAACAGAUCGAAAAGCGCGCUUAACAUUUUAAAAAUAAAAUCAAUUGACAAAAAUGCAAAUUGGCUUUAAUUAAUAACUAACGAUAUCGAUAAUUAACGAUAAAUAUCUAACGAUAACGAUAACUAUUUAGAGAAUAAUACAGUUAAUAUUUCAGUUGAUGACCAGUUUUGUUAAGUUUUAGUUUUUUAGAUAGCCAGUGUUGUAAGACAACCGAAAAACUUUUCCCCUAAGCUUAAGCGCUAUGCCAUCCAAAAAGGAUUUCUCGAAAAAGAAUUAGCCUAUUUUGGCAGGAUGUAUUGGAGUUAAGUCUAGAUAUCCUGCCAAUAGAAAAACGGGGCAAACUUUAUUACUGACAUUUAUUAAUAUAGAACAGGAAAUAUUUUCAAUUUCUUCAAACCUCAAAACCAAAGUCGAAAAAUAAUGCUAUUAAUAACUUGACAAUUUUCAAACGUAAUCCAAAACCAAGUAAAAAAAAAAUGUUAAAAAACAACCUUCAACUAAUUAAUGAUCAUAAAAAAAAAACAAAAACCAAAAUUAAAACAAAACUGUCAUUAAAAAAUGUUUAAAAUAAUAAUUUAGAAAGAGGCAAAUCCAAAAAUCAUGUAAUGCAUACUUUAUAAUAAUAAUUCUAAAUACCAGGAAAAAUUUUAACAAAAAAUAUACAAAUAUUUUCACAAUAGCUUAAAAACAAUAA